CUCGAAUUACAUAAACAUUUCACGUUUGCCACCCAAAUUCAUUUUCUUUCAAUGUAACCACUCACUUUACGAAUCGUUUCACCGUUGGUCACCCUCCGUCAGUCUCCGUCAGACUCCGUUAACGCCGUCAGAUUUUUGAUGACGUGGCAAACGGAAGUGCUGACUGGGCUGACAGAGAGGCUAAAAAAGACGGCUUUGACUGCCUAGUCAGCCACAUACCCGACCCAGCAAUUUAAUUGACCCGUGUUUUUGUAUUUCUUUUUUCUUUUCUUUUAUUUUUAUUGAAAAAAGGUUUACUUUUACUGUGAAAUCCCCACAGUCAAGAACAUUUAGCCAUUUUCUAGAAUCUGGACUCUGAUGGCCUCGAUUUUUCUCUUGCUAAUUUCACGAUUCACUCUUUCGAUUUAGUUCUAAUUAUUUGGAACGAGCCUUAAGUCCUUAACUUGCGUUUUGGAUCCUGCUGUUUGUUCUUGGAGCUUGGCUGGUAGUUAAUUCUGAUUCUGUGGUUGGGCAAGAGUUCGAUUUGGUUUAGGCUUUUCUCCUACGCGAUGUGAUGUCGACCUUCAAAUCUAUCCCAUUCCAUUUGGAAAGUAGUAGGAGCUCUGGAAUCAUUAAUCUUUCGGCGAUUUCAUAUUGGGAAAUUUUUAGGGUUUCAGUAAUACAAAUUGGGCACGAUAAGAAGAGUAAAGGAAGAAAGGAACGAAAAGGAUGGAGAAGGUUAGAAGAUUCGGCGGCUUACCUGCAACUCCCCGUCCGAUCGAGUGACUUCACCGCCGCCCGAUCGAGCGCCUCCACAGCGGCGGCCUUACCUCCACCUCCCCUGCCCGGAAAAUCCUUUCUCUGGCCUAGUCGGACCUGUCCGACCGGCGUCUCCCCUUCUUCCCUGAUCGAGAUCGACCAGCCGCCUCGGGUGAAAAACGCAGAGGAGAAUACGAAGAGAAGAGAAGAGAACAGAAGAGAAGAGAAGUGAAAAGCCCCUUCCUUUUACUGCCCGAUGGUUUUCAGUUUUCACAGUAAAAGUAAACCUUUUUUCAAUAAAAAUAAAAGAAAAGAAAAAAGAAAUACAAAAACACGGGUCAAUUAAAUUGCUGGGUCGGGUAUGUGGCUGACUAGGCAGUCAAAGCCGUCUUUUUUAGCCUCUCUGUCAGCUCAGUCAGCACUUCCGUUUGCCACGUCAUCAAAAAUCUGACGGCGUUAACGGAUUCUGACGGAGACUGACGGAGGGUGACCAACGGUGAAACGAUUCGUAAAGUGAGUGGUUACAUUGAAAGAAAAUGAAUUUGGGUGACAAACGUGAAAUGUUUAUGUAAUUCGAGUGACCAAAUGUAUAAUUUACCCUAUUUAUAUAUAUUGGUCCUGUGCACAGUGCACUAUCCGAAAACUCUAACCUAAAAGGAAAAAGGGCGGAAAAGCCGUAGGAGCGGCCGAGAGUGCGGCGACUGAUUGGUCAGUAGUAGCACUGCGCUAUGACUUUUGUCUUAUGAAGGGAAAGUUGGGCCCAGCCCAAGAAAAAAGCCCAACCAUCGUUAUCCAGUUUUAAAUUUCCACACACAGUAGUCGCUGGAAGCAAUAAAUAAUAAUAUUAAUAAUUAUUACUGACAAGAUUAUAAAAAAAUACUGACAAAAACAAUAUAAAAUGAAAAACAGAGGAGAGAGAGGAAACAGUCGGACACAGACAACGAAGGAAAGAGAGAGAGAGAGACCGGGGAAGUGAGCGCAGAAGAAGCAGAAAAAGAGCAAAGCCAAUUGAGAAGAAGCCAUUUACCCUCUCUGACCUCUACUCUGCUCUUCCUCUACCCAAUGCACUUCUUUUCUUUCUCCCACUGCUAGGGUUUCCCUUCCCUUCUCUGCUCCCUUCCAAAACCCACAACUUCACCAUAAAACAGAGCAACUCGAAACAGAGUGAAGAAGAAGAAGGAACCAUUUUUUCCGACCUUGACCAUCUACAGGUACGACUCAUCAAAAUGUCAUCUUUUUUUUCCUCCUGUUUAGUUAACUUCUUUUGUAUUCUUUGGAGUACGAGAAAGGGCGGGGUCUCCUGUUUGUUUCAACUUCUCUCUGUUUGUUUAUUGGGUUUGGUUUCUUGUGUGUACUUUUGAUGCUUGGGCUUUUGAACUUUCGAAAUGUGUCUUUGUUUUGUUCUCCGUGGUACUGUUUGAGAUUCUUUAUUGCUACCAACGCCCUUUGUUCCUUCCCCUCUUUAUUUCUCCUAUCUAGUUUGAUGGCAAAGCAAAUCUGAGUUUUCUCUGGUAAACCUCUGCUCCUUUGGUUUGGGUAUUUUUUUUCCCACACUUGUAGAUUAUCAGCAAUGCAGGACUGUGUUAAUGUUCUCCAGAGCUUAGAGAGCCUCAGGCUGUAACAUUCUUUUGUGUUUGAAACAAAAAGAAAGCUUCAAU